CCACACCCAGACCGCAGGACUCUGCUUCUACCUGAGAGUCUGUUUGGAAAAGUCGGAAGAGUUUUUUUUAAGAUCCGCAGCGACUCGUCUUCUUCUCUUAUCGAGCCUCCUGACAGCGAACAUGUGGAUCUGCAAACCCUCAACGAUCCUUUCCCUCAUCGGUGUCAUGCUGAUCUGGCCGUCUGUCCUCACACAGAAUGUCUCACCCAAGCUGCAGGCAGACAGCAGCUCUCUAUCUGCAGGGCAGACAGAAGAGCGCCAUCAUGUGGUGAAGAGGAUGACAAAGAGCUGCGACAGCACCUUUGAUGAUUACUGCCUGAACAACGGCCAGUGCAUGCUGCUGGUGGACAUCAAUGAGCAUCACUGCAAGUGUGUGGGGGGAUACUCCGGCCCCAGGUGCGGCACCGUGCGGCUGAACGACUUUGUCUUUCAGCCGCUGGCCGAAGAGCAAGUGGUCGUCGUGGUUUUCUGCGUGAGUUUGCUGAUUAUAGGUCUGGCUGGAGCUCUGUACUUCUGCUGCAAAUGGUAUAAAAAAAACAGAUUCCCACGUCAGCAGAAGCGGCACAGUUACAAAGGAGUCCAGGCUGUUUAAAAAGGCGCUCACACCCAUUGCAUGUGCUGCUGGAAAAAUGCAAACCAGGGUUUCCCCCGUCUUUUCUGAAUGAAAAGUUCAACACGAUGCUUCCUGACCAGCUCACGCUCAGUGGCCGGCUUACUGGUUCUGCUCCUGCUUAGAGUGCAGCGCGUCACAUGGCUUUAUCCAGCAGGGAGAUCAUCACAAAGAGAUUAAAAUGGUCAAAAAGCAGCAGCUUUGUACGCGCCACGAUUGUUUUCCUGCUGCACCGGUUCUAAAGUUUCGGCACCUGUUACACUCAGUUUGAAAAGAUGAAUAGGGAGACACACAAAAACAGUUUCUGUGUGUGUGAAACCACCCACAUGAUGGUGGAAAAAUCAUGAAAAAUGCAUGAAUGUGAGGGCAAAGGAUGGGCAAAUGCAACGGUAGUAACUUCUUUUUGGAGAUAUUUAGGUCACUGUUUGCAAAACAAACUUCAUGUGUUGACAGGCAAAAGGCCACAGCUUGCAAUAACUGCCUGAAUGUUUAUCACAAUCAUUAUCAUGCUAUAGUUUCAGUUUUAACUCUUAUUUUGCCAUAAUUUAUGUAUCUGAGGUCUGAUUUCAGAUUAGUUUUUGAGAUUUAGCGAUGCUUUAAUCAGCCUCCAAGAUCUAAGAAUAGAACUGAUCAAAAAUCUGAAUAAUCAAGUUUUCAUCUGCCUGCCAUUUCUCAUCAAAUUUACUUCCUAAAAUCCACUAUACCCCAUUUUUUGGUUCCUUAAACCAAACUUUUAAUUUAAGCUUCACAUUUCUGACUGAUUUAGCUUUUUGUUAUUGUCUCUUGAUUUUUCUAGCAAAAACAUUAAAAGUAGUCACCUUUAUCAUUAUUACUGCUAUUAAACUGGUCACUGAGGGUAAAAGUUUUGUGUUUUAUUGUUUAAAACUUUGCCAGGUCAUAUAGUCUUCUCAUUUUAAUUAUUUAUUUCACAGUAGUAAUGUGUAAACUGGAUUCUCGCUCUGUUACUGCAAAGAAUGAUUUUUUUUUUUUUACAUUUGUAUGUUUAUUGCUUUCACAUGCUUCUCAAGUCUACGCGCUGUUUUUACAUUUUUCUUCCAUGUUCUCUUUUAAAGAAUAUCUUUUUUAGGAACACGUGUAAGAAAAAAAAAUGCUUAAAUGCUGCUUGAAGACAUUUUUACAUGGAAUUCUUGCGAUGACAGUAUUAGCUGUGAGUGUACCAGAAAAUAUGUCUAAUAAAAUCUAAAAUAAUAUGUACAUUUAA